AUGGAGUUCAAGUAUUUUCUAACUGUGAUGUUCUUAUGGGCUUUGUUCAAAUCUUUGUCUUUUGUAACUUCUGAUGAUGGUUUAAUGAGAGUUAGUUUAAAAAGAAGGAAUUUAGAUGUUAGUACUCUUAAUUCUGCAAAGAUUAAGGAGGUUUUUGAUCAUGGAGGACUAAGGGGUGUUAAUAGUAAUAAUUAUUUAACAACUAAUAUAGUUUAUCUAAAGAAUUAUCUUGAUGCACAAUAUUUUGGUGAAAUUGGUAUUGGAUCACCUCCACAAAUUUUCAAAGUUGUGUUUGAUACUGGAAGCUCAAAUCUUUGGGUCCCAUCUUCCAAAUGCAGAUUGUCUAUUGCUUGUUAUAUUCAUUCCAAGUAUAGGUCCAAGUUGUCUAGCACUUAUACAAAAAAUGGAACAUCAUGCAAGAUCCCUUUUAGCCGUGGGUACAUUCCCGGCUUCUUCAGCCAAGAUAAUGUAAAAGUCGGAAAUAUCAUCAUCAAAGAUCAGGUCAAUUGA